GACGGCGCAGCAGCUCAUUAUGCACGAGACGUUCGCGCUUACUUAGAUACAGUAUUUAUUAAUCGAUGGAUAGGACGAAGAGGCACAAUUGAAUGGCCAGCUAGGUCACCCGGUUUAACGCCUCUAGAUUAUUUCUGUUGGGGUUAUCUAAAGGAUCGGGUAUACAAAACAAAACCCCAAAAUUUAGAUAAAUUACAGCAAAGGAUCGUUAAUGAAUCAGCUCUCAUUCCCACUGAAAUCAUCAAAAAGGCUGUUGGUGCUUUCUACCAUCGAUUAGGUUACUGUCAAGAAGUAAACGGAGAACAAUUCGAGCAUUUGCGUUAA